CCAAAGUCGGAAGUUCGAGAUCAAAAGUAGGUGGAAGCCAAAGGGGUAAUUCAAUGGUCUGAGAGAAAGUAGUAACCCCACCCCCCAUCGGUCAUCCCUUCCGGUGCUAGUGAGGGAUGGAUCCCAAGAGGAGAAAGACACAAGACUCCGCAGAGAAUGCUGAUUCCAGUGCUGCGGAUACUGGGAAUUCUGGUGUGGCAGAGUCGAAAGCCACUGAUUCGAAGGCCAAGCCUGUGGAACUCAAUGCGGAAGCCGAAAAGAGUAAUUUCAUCUUCCGAAAAUGGCGCUCUUCUCCAACAUACCCCAAAGCAAUGGAAAAAGGCGAAAUCACUCUGAAAAGUUUAUAUAAGCAGCAAGAGCCUCGCCUGAAGCAGCUUGAGCAAAGGCGUCCUAGUCUGCCGGUGCAGAGCAUAUACCUCCACCCCCUGCGUAAGGAAGUCGAGGAGUUGAACAGAAAGAAAGAUAUUGUGUGUCUUAUCUUAUCAUAUCCUCCUAUGAAUUCCAUGAACAAAGAGAGACACAAGAACUGGGUUCGGGAUGUUUUGAAGAUGAAUCACAUAGUGAGGGAAUGGAAAACAUUUUCAAGCAAGAAAAAUAAGGUUUUAGAUUCAGACAUAUUUGAAAUCGAUGCACUGCUGGAUCACAUGUUCGAUGAUAUUGAAGCUUAUGUUCCACCACUGAUCAUUAAGAAGAUGUGUAAGAAAACUUGGCCAGCAACACAGCCUGAUGAAAAAGUACGUAAUUUGGCUGUUAAUUUUGCUACUCGCCAAAUUCUAGAAGAAAUAGAAAAUCCUGAGGUCCUGAGGAUUAGGAUUUCAGGAAGAAAUGGUAUAAGAGUAACAUCAGCAGUGAAAGAUCUACCACAGAUACAGCAAAGAUUUGAUAUCGUGAUUCAGGUUGAUGCCUCAUUAUAUCCGAAUAUCAGAGGUAUUGAAGAGAAUAUCGCAACACAAUUAGGCUUCUCAUUGAACAUACACAUAUUAAAUAAAUUCUUGAAAACCACAAGCUUCUUAAUCUUUCUGGAUGACAUAAAUGAAAUGAUCAAUCUGUAUGAAGUGGGGAGUGAGUGGUGGAACUCAGAGAACAUUCAAAAAAUAGUUUGUGCGACUAGAUCCCAGAAAGUUUGUCAAAGAAUGGCAGUGGAUCGAGAAAUCAGGUUGGAUGAUCAUCUGUUAUCCUGGGAAUUAUUUUGUAGGAAUGUUGGCAACAUUGUGCAUUCUUCAGGUUUCCAACACAGAGCCACGGAUGUGGUUCAAAAGUGUUCUGGCCAUUUACUUGCUGUUGUUCUAAUGGCAAGAGCUUUGAAUAUGGUCUUCAACGUUAGCACCUGGGAACAUGCAUCUUAUUUGCUAAGCUUGCCGCAUAGAUCUCAGAUGAAAGAUAGAGUUUUGUAUAAUGCAUUAGCAUUCAUUAUGGGGCGGCGUUCAGGUUCAGCACAUGAAUGUGUAAAAUACUGUGCAUUUUACAUGGAGAGGGAAGGGGCGAACAAAUUAGAUUUGAUUCAGGAGUGGAUCAGACAUGCGUUAAUCAGCACAUUUGACGAAGGAAAAAAGAUUGUUCGAGGCCUUGUCAGUGCCUUCUUGUUAGAGAGUUCUCAGAAUGGAUAUUCCGUCCGAAUGCGAGAUGAAAUCCGUGAGGUGUUAGUAAAUUCACAAUUUCUUUUGCAAGGCGGAAAGGGUCUUGCUAAGGCACCAACAGAUGAGGCAUGGGAGGAAGCCACGGAAAUCCAUUUGAUGAAUAAUAAAUUUUCUGAGCUGCCAAGGGGUCCAAAUUGUCUCCAACUCUGUGCAUUGUUCUUACAAAAGAACCCUUUUUUGCGAGUUAUUCCUCCAUUGUUCUUUCAACGUAUGCCUAUGCUCCAAAUCCUAGACUUGUCCCAUACUAAAAUAAGAUCUUUACCACAAUCUCUUUAUGGGUUGUCGCAACUGAAAAGACUCUUUCUGAGAGGCUGUAAACUCUUCAUGGAGUUGCCACCUGAAGUCGGAGAACUCAGUAAUCUUAAGGUGCUUGAUCUCGAGGGGACUGAAAUCAUAAGGCUACCUAUGGAUGUUGGAAAAUUGACAAAUUUAACCUGCUUGAAAAUGUCGUUUUAUGGGGAUAAUGACAACAAAAAAGAUAACCAAUACUCAAACAGAAUAAUUCCUCAGAGUGUGAUGUCCAAUCUAUCUCAAUUGGAAGAAUUAAUCAUAGAUGUGAAUCCCGAUGAUAAGCAAUGGAAUGCCAAUGUGAAAGAUAUUGUAGAGGAAGUGUGCAGCUUAAACCGGUUGGAGGCUCUUCAACUUUACUUUCCAGAAGUUUCACUUUUGAAUAACUUGAUGGAUGGAUCAUCAAUAAACCUCCCAGGAAUGCACUUUAGAUUUACUGUUGGUAACCAUAUGAAGCGCAUAAUGUCUCGACUACCACUUGAAGCUGCAGUUAAAUUUGAAGAACAAGAAAGAUGCUUGAAAUAUGUGAAUGGUGAAGGUGUCCCAACUGAAAUUAAGGAGCUACUCCAGCUUGCUACUGCAUUGUUCCUGGAUCGCCAUUUAACUGCCACAAGUUUAUCUGAGUUUGGGAUUAAAAAUAUGGGGAAUCUAAAAUUUUGUGUACUAGGUGAAUGUGCUAAGAUUCAAACCAUUAUAGAUGCAUAUGAUGGAGGAGAUGGUGUACUUGGAUCACUAGAGUACUUGAAUCUUCAUUAUAUGAAGAAUUUAAGGAGCAUUUGGAAGGGGCCACUUAUAUUGGGUUCCCUAUCACAUCUAAAAGCUUUGGUGUUGUAUACAUGCCCCCAAUUGACUACCAUUUUUACUUGGAAUCUGUUUCCUAAUCUCUAUGAGUUAGAGGAGCUUGUAGUUGAAGAUUGCCCCAAAAUUGAAAGCAUAGUAGUGACUCCUGAUCCUACUGCUACUGAACCAAUGUUGUGGAGGGCAAGGUAUUUAUUCCCAAAGUUGAGGAAGAUAUCACUUCAUUACAUGCCUAAACUGGUCAGCAUUUCCAAUGGUCUACACAUUUCACCAAUAUUAGAAUGGAUGAGCUUCUAUGAUUGUCCAAGCCUCAAAACUCUUUCCCCAGCGGAAGUUCACAGUAAUGAUUUGAAGGUGAUAAUAGGAGAGGCGAAUGGUGGAGAGAAUUGAAGUGGAACAAGUCAAAAUGGCGUCUGCCACCCAAUCUGGAUGCUAUCUUUGUUCCAAUCGAACGGGACACAGAUUUCAUCACACAGUUAACAGAAAUCAAUGAUCAACUUCAAGGUAGGAUGCAAGAAACAGAGCCUUCUCAACAGUCAGGUCCUGGUGAGUCCCUGAAGGCUCCAGCAGUCGAGGAUGGAACAAGCUCAAAGCAGAAGCAAGUUGCUUAGCUUUACCUAUUCUGUACUAGUUAAGCUUGAGCUACAUAUUAUGGCUAAUUUCCCGACAGCGGCUGACUGUCUUAUUGGUUGUUGUUUGUUUAGUUAUUUCAUGUUGUGCUUGGUUGUGGAGAAAAGGAAACUCAGAACCUUACAGAGACACUCUUUGGAUUAUCCAACCUUACUUUUCUAGUCUCUUUGAAUAAGUGGUGAUGUGAACUUGCUGUAUGCUCUUGAAUUCAAUAUUCAAAAUCACAUCCUUCAGUUUGAUGUGUACUUA